AUGAGCGCCUGUAGAAUUCUCCAAAGCCUGGUGACCAAGGGUAGACUGUCCCCGCACAAAGGGCUCCUCGGUGCAACUACGAGGAAAUUUACAAAUGAAGGGAAAAAAGUUUGGUACAGUGGACCCAAAGAUACAUACAUAAACUCCGGAUUCGAGCUGAAAAAUGAAGACACAGAAAAGCUUAUCGAAUUAUUGAAGGAAAGUUUAAAGUUAAAGUUGCUCUCUUGUACAUACUGCUCGGAAGACAUUGCUAAGCACUAUUUAGAGCUAGCCAUUAUGGAACACAAAAAUUUAUUACUAAAUGACUCGAAAAAUCAUUAUUUAAAAAGUUUCGAAAUAUAUAAAAAAAUUUUUGGAGAAUUGAGCAUCAUGUGUGCAAACAUACAAACGUACUUAGGCGUUGUACACAAAGAUAUGGGGGACUUAAAAAAGGCAGAAGAAUUUUUACAAUUGUCAUUAGCUAAUAAGAAGCUAAUAAUUAAGAAUGAAAAUUAUUUAAUCAUUGACACACUGAAUAAUUUGGGUUCUUUGUACCAGCACAAGAAAGAGUUUGAAACUUCUGUUGGGUAUUUUGAGGAUUGCAUAAGGAUUCUAAUUUCUUCUCCUAUCGAGCUGAACAAAAAUGAACAGAUAGCCUUAUGCUAUUAUAAUUUAUCCUUUUCCUAUUUAGGGUUAAAUGAUACUCACUCUGCCAUCACCUGCUUAAUUCGAUCCUACGCUGUUGCUCAGGAAACAUUCGGUCCCGAUCACACCUUGACGGUUCGGAUUAGGGAGCUGCGAAAUAGGUUGGAGCGGGAGGUAGACGCAGCGAAGUGA